CUUCCGGCGGCGUUUCUUGACUGUUUCAUCAGCAGAGUGCGGCGCGUGGGUCUCCACUCUUUAAGAAAUCCUGCUUACGUUUUUGUGAUUAAAUCAGGAUGACGGAGCGUAAGGGAACAGCAAAGCUUGACUUCUUGAGAAACAUCGAGGAGAAGGUCCAGCAGAAAUGGGAGAAGGAGAAAGUUUUUGAGAAUGAUGCUCCGACCACCAUUGGGGAAAGUUCAAAUAAGAACAAGUACUUUGUUACGUUUCCUUACCCGUACAUGAAUGGAAGACUUCAUCUUGGACACACAUUCUGCCUGUCUAAAUGUGAGUUUGCAGUGGGUUACCAGCGGCUGAAAGGAAAACAAUGUCUUUUUCCAUUUGGACUGCACUGCACUGGAAUGCCCAUCAAAGCAUGUGCAGACAAGCUGAAGAGAGAGAUGGAGCUGUAUGGUUACCCGCCGCAGUUCCCUGAGGAAGAUGAGGAGGAGGAAGAGAAGCCAAAGACCACUGAUGAGGUCAUCAUCAAGGACAAGACAAAGGGCAAGAAGAGUAAAGCCGUGGCAAAGGCUGGCAGCUCGAAGUUCCAGUGGGACAUCAUGAGAUCUCUGGGGCUGUGUGACGAUGAGAUUGUGAAGUUUGCCGAAGCAGAGCAUUGGCUAGAUUAUUUCCCUCCUCUUGCUGUAGAAGACCUGAAGAAAAUGGGCCUGAAGGUUGAUUGGCGUCGCUCCUUCAUCACGACUGAUGUAAACCCCUAUUACGAUUCCUUUGUAAGGUGGCAAUACAUCACUCUGAGAGAGAGAAAAAAGAUCAAGUUUGGCAAGAGGUAUACCAUUUACUCUCCCAAAGAUGGGCAGCCCUGCAUGGAUCAUGACAGACAGACGGGAGAGGGAGUCGGUCCUCAAGAGUACACCCUCAUCAAAAUGAAGAUUGUUGAACCUUACCCAACAAAACUGAGCGCUCUUAAAGGCAACAACAUCUUUCUGGUGGCAGCAACUCUGAGACCUGAAACCAUGUUUGGUCAGACGAACUGCUGGAUCCGUCCUGAUAUGAAGUACAUCGUGUUUGAGACGGCCAGCGACGAUCUGUUCAUCAGUACACAGCGCUCAGCCAGAAACAUGUCCUACCAGGGCUUUACCAAAGAGAACGGAGUUGUUCCUGUGAUCAUGCAGAUUAUGGGCCAGGACAUCCUCGGCUGUGCAUUGAACGCCCCCCUCACCUCAUACAAGAUCAUCUACGCCCUGCCAAUGCUCACCAUUAAAGAAGACAAAGGCACUGGAGUUGUCACCAGCGUGCCGUCAGACGCGCCUGACGAUAUCGCCGCUCUCAGGGACAUCAAAAAGAAACAGGCUUUGAGAGAGAAAUAUGGAAUUCAAGAUUUUAUGGUGCUGCCCUUUGAGCCGGUGCCCAUCAUUGAGAUUCCAGAAUAUGGGAGCCUGUCGGCUCCUCUGGUUUGUGACGAGUUAAAGAUCCAAAGCCAGAACGACAGAGAGAAACUGGCCGAGGCCAAAGAGAAGGUCUACCUCAAGGGCUUUUACGAGGGGAUCAUGUUGGUUGAGGGUUUCAAGGAGCAGAAGGUCCAGGAUGUGAAGAAACCCAUUCAGAAGAUGAUGGUGGAAAAAGGUGAAGCUCUGAUCUACAUGGAGCCAGAGAAGCAGGUGUUGUCUCGCUCUGCAGACGAGUGUGUGGUGGCGCUGUGUGAUCAAUGGUAUCUGGAUUAUGGCAACAAGGAAUGGAAAAAACAAGCCAUGGGCGUCCUGGAGGAUCUGGAGACGUUCGGUGAUGAAACCAGGAAGAACUUUGAAGCAACGUUGGCUUGGCUUCAGGAACAUGCUUGCUCCAGAACAUAUGGGCUUGGAACCAGGUUGCCAUGGGAUGAACAAUGGCUCAUUGAGUCCCUGUCGGACUCCACCAUCUACAUGGCCUUCUAUACUGUAGCACAUCUUCUCCAGGGAGGGACCCUCAACGGACAGGGACCCUCACCACUGGGAAUCAGACCUGAGCAGAUGACAAGAGAAGUGUGGGAUUACAUCUUCUUCAAAACAGCACCUUUCCCAAAGACGAACAUCCCGAAGGAGCACCUGGAGAGGCUCAGGAGGGAGUUUGAGUUCUGGUACCCGGUAGAUGUGAGAGUAUCAGGAAAAGACCUGGUGCCAAACCAUCUCUCAUAUUACCUGUACAAUCAUGUAGCCAUGUGGCCAAAUGACAGUGAUAAAUGGCCUAAAGCAGUACGGGCCAAUGGUCAUCUUCUGCUAAACUCUGAAAAGAUGUCCAAAUCCACUGGCAACUUCCUCACUUUGAGUCAAGCCAUUGCCAAGUUUUCAGCAGAUGGUAUGCGAUUGGCCCUGGCUGAUGCAGGAGACACAGUAGAGGAUGCUAACUUCGUUGAAGCCAUGGCCGAUGCGGGAAUCCUCCGUCUCUAUACGUGGGUGGAAUGGGUGAAAGAGAUGGUUGCCAGUCAGAACAACCUGAGGACUGGACCAGCGGACACGUUUAAUGACCGAGUCUUUAUUAGUGAAAUAAACUCCAGCAUCAUUAAAACAGAGCAGCACUAUGAGAGGAUGAUGUAUAAAGAGGGUUUGAAGAGCGGAUUCUUUGAGUUCCAGGCUGCUAAGGAUAAAUACAGAGAACUGGCCAUCGAGGGCAUGCACAGAGAUCUUGUGUUCCAGUUUAUUGAGAACCAAACACUGCUGCUGGCACCCAUCUGCCCACACCUGUGUGAACACACCUGGUCCCUGCUGGGGAAGAGCAGUUCUCUGAUGAAGGCCAGCUGGCCCACGGUUGGUCCAGUGGACGAGAUCUUGAUGCGAUCCUCGCAGUAUCUGAUGGACACGGCUCAUGACCUCCGCCUUCGCCUGAAAGCUUACAUGCAGCCAGCCAAGAGCAAGAAAGGGGACAACAAGCCUCCAGCCAAGCCCACACACUGCACCAUCUAUGUAGCAAAGACCUAUCCACCCUGGCAGCACAGCGCCCUCUCUCUGCUGGGCAUGCAUUACAAGAGCAACAAUGGAACUCUGCCUGACAAUAAGGUCAUCGCCAUGGAGCUGGGCGCCAUACCAGAGCUGAAGAAGUACAUGAAGCGAGUGAUGCCCUUUGUAGCCAUGAUAAAGGACAACCUGGAGAAGAGCGGGCCGAGGGUUCUGGAUCUAGAGCUGGAGUUUGACGAACGUGCAGUCCUGCUGGAGAACAUCGUGUAUUUGACCAAUUCACUUGAGCUGGAUCAAAUAGACGUGGUGUUCGCCUCUGAAGCUGAUGACAAAGUAAAGGAGGAUUGUUGCCCUGGGAAACCAUUCUGUGUCUUCAGAUCUGAGCCUGGAUUAUCAGUCCUGAUGGUGAAUCCACAGCCAUCCAAUGGUCUGUUCUCAACUAAGAUUGAAAUUCGACAGGGAGACAGCAAAGACAGCAUCAUCCGCAGACUAUCCCGUGUCAACAGAGGCAUCAAGGAUUUAUCCAAAGUGAAGUUGAUGCGUUUUGAAGACCCUCUGUUGGGACCUAGAAGAAUCCCUGUUUUGGGAAAGGAAGAGGAGGGUAAACUGCCCAUCUCAGACAGUUCAAUCUUCCACCUCAACCUGGAGCAAAGCAAAGUUCAUAUGAGCGAUAACGGCCUGAAAAUGGACAUUGGGGACACUCUAGUCUAUCUGCUCCAGUGACGUUCUACGCACAAAUAUACAUUCAAUAUACAGUUCCCCUCCCCCCUCUGACUCUCUUUACAUGCAUCGACAAACAAAUGACUUUUUUAUCUGUAUCAGCUGCUAGAGGGAUUAGUUUAUCUUUCAUUAGCUGGAAUUUAGCCUCAUUGCAACAAGCUAAAGGGAUAGUUUACUCAUAAAAAAUGAAAACUCUGACAUCAUUUACUCAGCCUCAUGUUGUUACAAACCUGUUUAACUCCUGCCUUGGCAUUUGGUAUUUGUUCUGAUUAAGGGUUAUAAUGCAUUCAUAUUAUGUUCAUUUUCAGGCUUUUCUGUAGUAAAAGCCCAAUGGGGAGCUUUAAACGCACAAUUCAUAUUCAUUUAGGAUAAUGCUAAUUAGACUGGAAAUAUUUAGGAAAAGUAAUGGUUUUUAUGUGGGCCCUUCUGUAUAACUUGGAGGUGUUGCUGUACUUCCAUUGUUUAUUCCUGUUAAUCAGUUUCAUUUGUAAUUUUUACAUCUGUCCUGUAUUUUAAACCAAGUCUACAUAUGUAAACCACAACAGUCCAACAAAGGAGAUGUGAAAAGACCUGCUGUGUUGUGCAUUCAACUGUGAACAUGUACAACCUCCAGUAUGUUUUCUGGGUGCAAUAACUGCCUGUAUUUCACUGUAAAACUCCAGUCAGAAAGAAAUGUUUUUCUCUCUACAAAAUGUUUUCUUUGGACCCUUUUCUGUCAAAUGACAUGUAUUCAAUGAACACUUAAUACAAGAUGCUAAUAAAAUGUGCCUCUGUUUC